AACGCUUUGAUCGGGAGGCAAACGACUGUCGCAAAGUACAGGAAAAGUUUCUGUUGGAGAUAAUAAGCAGCAAUCGAAACACUAUUUUUGGGCGAGAGUACAACUUUGAAAGCAUACAGAGCAGUAAAGACUUCAUAAAUGUUGUUCCACUGACGACCAAGGCUUCUUACAAGGAAUAUGUUGGUAAGCCAUACACUGUUUAACACACUAAUUCUGUUUAGUCCUAAAUUUCCGGCGGGCGCUUCCUUAUCUUACCUAAACUGGUAAGUUCUGCCCAGCAGGGUCUUGAGUCAAUUGCGAUAUUGAUUGCUACAAGGUGUGAACAUUGGCAGUGCUCCCCCCCACCCCCCCUCCGGGAAUUCGUCUCCCCUUCUCAGGUACCGUAUUUAUUCGAAUAAGCGCCCAACCUCGAAUUAGCGCCCACCUCGAAUAAGCGCCCAUCCUAAAGGCAGAAAAAGAUAAUAAGCGCCCACCCCCUCCUCCCCCCAAUCAAACUCAAAUAAGCACUCACCCCCACCCCACCCAAUUAAGUGAAUAAGUUCCAAUAAGAGACUUCCUUGAGGACGGAGUUUUCUUCAGAGUAUUUUACAGAAACCUUGCUUUGUUACUUCUUCGCGUUUUGUUUGUAGCAUUUAUUAUUUUGUUGCAAAAAAAAAUACUUCACUUGCUGAAAAUGGUGAAAAUUUAAUAAGCGCCCAACCUCCAAUAAGCGCCCACCUCGAAUAAGCGCCCACUCUCAAGGUCCAAAAAUUUAAUAAGCGCCCAGGGCGGUUAAUCGAAUAAAUACGGUAUGUCAAAUGUAUACCAUUUACAGCAUUUACUGAUCCCUUUCUUCAAACUGUCACGAUUUGGAGAUCAGCACACGAGAUACACUUCCAAUUCAAUUCAAUCUAUUUACAUUUCCAUGCCAUUACAAUAUAGCGGCCGAUUACAAUAAUUCAUCAGCAAUACACUGACCUUUUUAGGGAAUGACUCAAUAGAAAAAAAGUCCUUUACAAUUCAAACAUCUAUAAAAACGCCAUAGCUAAAAGCAAAAUAAUAAAGGAUCACAAUAAUAGAGAAAAAGGAGUAACAAGAAGAUUAUAAUUAAUAUUGUUAUUAUUCUGCGUGUUUAUACCUUUCGUUCAAAGGUUUGACCCGUAAAUCGUCACGUUCAAAGAUUGGAAAAACAUAAUCGCUAACGCGAAUGGCUAACGGCUUAUUAGAGAUGAAUAGGGCAGGCACGGCCAGUAAAACUGGGAGAAUUACAGGCGCGGAUCCACACCGGUCAGAUUUUUCAUACUAAAGAUACAGUCGACUCCCGAUAACUCGAACCCUCGCUAACUCGAACCUCGCGCUAACUCGAACCAAAAUCGAUUUCCCCUGGAUUUCCGUCAUACAUUCACUGUAAUUUUACCCUCGGUAACUCGAACCCUCGAUAACUCGAACUCCCACUAACUCGAACCAAUCUAUGUUUCCCUUCAAGUCAUUUUCUAUAUAAUUUUACCCUCGAUAACUCGAACCAUGUUUUGACCCCUUAAAAAGUCGGGAAAAAAGCCGUCUACUGGCGUCCGAAACAUUGAAUUUUGGAUUUCCUAUUGACGUGUUGUAGGAGUAAAGUUUACUAGUGGAGGCUGAUGUUGAUUGUCACAGGCAAACGUGAAGCAGCUUUUCUUCUCAAAACAGCAAAACGCAUGCUCAAUUUAGGCUGUUUUGUUACGUUACGUUCUGAUUUAUAAUCUAAAAGUAUCUUUUAGUUUUCACUUGACAUUUCUACUAUUAAAUGUGAUUAAAAUGUUCAUUGUGCAAUAAAAACUGUUUUUUACCUUUCUCUCGGCUAUUUUCUUCGAACUCCCGGUAACUCGAACUCCCGAUAACUCGAACCUUUUUCCAUUUCCCUUGAAGGUUCGAGUUAUCGGGAGUCGACUGUAUUUUUAAUAAAGAAAAGAACUUUCCAAGUUGCAAGGCUUCAUCCGAGGAAAAUGGAACUGGCCAAUACCCUGUCAGAAUGACUCAGAAUCCCAGGAAAGCGGACUUAAGGGAGUUACAAUCCAAAAGUUUUCCCGGGGGAGCAUGCGCCCGGACUCUCCUAGAAGCUUCCGCCUUCGGCGGUCGUUCAGGAAUUCGAUCAGUAUUUAUCCUAGAUACGCGCCUGAAUUAGGUGGCUGUUUUUUGACACCAUGAUAUGAAUGCUGAGGGCGCUGCAUGGUUAACCCUUUAAGCCCCAAUAUCCACAUACAAAUUCUCCAAACUGAUCUCCAUACAUUUCCUUAAAGAAUGAGUUGAGAGAAUUUGGUAGAAGAUCAAGGCAUUUUCUCUUAGGUGAUCAUUUUAUUAAUUCUCAUAACCAUUUCUCUUGGCAACACAUGAACACUGUUAGGAGAAAAUUAAUGUUGGGCACUAUUGCGGCUUAAAUAGUUAAACUUUCAAGAAGUCCGAACUGAACGAAUGUCUGCUUAAUAACACUAAACGCUUUUGGUCCUUUGUCAAAUCCAUGACAAAACAAAAUCGCACACCUACCUUUCUGAGAGACGGCCAUUUAUGGUUUUCUUCUAUUUGGUUUUGGGGGCAAGAUUUCAACUAAGACAUUGUCCUGUCGCAUCAUAAUAUUGAUUUACUCAUUGACCUGUCGCAUUAUAAUAUUUAUUUAUUCAUUUUUUUCUGUCUAACGUAUUUUAUAUUUUCUUAUAUUUUUUUAUGUACAUAUUAAUUAACAACAUGGACGAAUUCAACAAAGUAAAAUAAAGUAAUUUCUAAGUGUAACGAGAAUUUACUUUUACAGUCGACUCCCGAUAACUCGAAACUUCUACGGAAAUCGAAAAAAGGCUGAGUUAUCGGGAGUUCGAAGCAAAUAACUGAAAAUAAGAAUUUGUUUUGCUUCCAUCAGUGUUCCUGAAAAGUGAACUACAAAUGUGUUUCAACGAAAAAAACAUGUGAAACGUGAUUUCAAAUAACACGUGAUAUUGCUUCGUCUAUGACGUCACAAAACACGUUUUCCUAAACUGGGAAGGUUUGCAAACGUAAAUCUUAGGAAAGACACUACCAAAAUGUUACUUAAACAGUGUAAAUCGUAAAUCUGGCUUGUAUGAUUGGAAAUGUUAUUUAUCCUAUUAGCUAUUCAACUAAUUAAUAAGUCAAGUGACCCUUUUCCCUUUAUUUACCGAUUCCUAUAUAACGUAAACAUACAUACAAGACGAAUUUUUCAGAACCUUUUUAAUAGCCUCUGAAAUGUACCUAAAAGAACUUGUUGCUUUUUCACUAUCCUUUCUCCAUUUUAGAGUAAAUAUUUUGACCGUUACUGAAUUCCCAAUUAUCAGUCACGUGACGAAAAUUUGAGCUUCUAAAAUGUCUUAUAUUGCUAAGACCAUUAAGCUACAGUUGUAGUUCAAUUUUCAGGAUCAUUGAUAGAAGCAAACCGUUCUAGAUAGCAUUUUACCUAAAUAUGCAUAUACAGUCAUGCCUUAAGUGGGCUGAGUGACACGGCUGUUUCGAAAUAAAUUCAAUGUUUCGGACUUCAGUACAUGAUUUUUUUUCCGACUUGUCACGCACUUAAAACAUGGUUCGAGUUAUCGAGGGUAAAAUUGUAUAGAAAUCAUCUGAAGGGAAACAAAAAUUACUUCGACUAAGCGGGAGGUUCGAGUUACCGAGGGUAUAACUAAAAAUGUAUGAAGGAAAUUUAGGGGGAAUCGACUUCUAGUUAGCGAGGGUUCGAGUAAUCGGGAGUCAAGAGUCAACUAACAUCUAUUAAUCAUCCAAAAUAAGUGGCUGUUUCCUUAGAAACGGUACCAAACAGUCUGGAUCCCCUCAGCGCAUUAGGACUUCUUGAAUUCCCCUUGAAAAUGACUUAAAUCUUUGCUUCGAUUUUAACGUAUGAAGACAGGAUCGCUAAAGGUGAAGAUGGGGUGCUGACAAAAGAGAAGACGAGCAAACUGGCCGUGACGUCAGGAACCACAGGCUCCCCAAGUAUGAUACCUCGUGUUCAGAGUCAGGAGAAACCAAUCCGUAUUGCAGUAGCCGCACUGUCGAGUGCUAUGUAUUCUGCACAUCCUCAGGUAGAUGAAAAAGGUUUGCUGUUAUUGGCGAAAAGGGACCCCUACUUGAAUAAGCGCCUGUCCCUUGACCAAACUAGCAAAUGAGCGCUCCUCUCAUACCCAGUACCCAUCGCUUUCUCCCCAGUGGAGGUGAGUCCCUUAAUGUUAUGUAUGAUCUAUAUAUGUGCCACCCCGAAGGGUAUAGUUUUGGUCUGAAAGAGGAUAUGAAUUAUGCCCAUGGUGGUCUGAAAUAGGGUCGAGAACAGGGCGGUACAACCCCACUAAGAAUUCCUAAGAGUACCCUUUCUCUGGGUGCUUUCUUUAAUAUUAUUAAGAUAUCAUAGUAAAUGAUCUAAAGGAAAAUCUUUUCCUUUACUCACCUUUAGAAUUUCUUAAGAUUUCUUAUUAUUCAUUGGAAAUAUUUCCCCAAUUCUGAUUGGCUAAAAGCACACGCAUAAUUCACCCCUUCCUACACAACCCUACUUUUAACUAUCAUAACCGGUUACUGAUGACCAAAUUUGGAAGAAUUUUGUGUUUAACGAGGAAAUGACGUCAAAAAUGCAGCCUUCUGCAGGUUAAUGCACCGCUAACCGAGAAGACCUGGGGACGAGAUUGAGUUGUUUUCGUUGUAAAAACUAAAAUGGCGGACACUUCACUCGUUUCAAGAGUAAGAACUACAGCUGGAGCUAGGCGAAAUAAUGGCUAAAAACAUAGCAAAAACAGCAAGAAGACAACUAGGAGGGCGACAUCUGCUAUUUGGAGAAUAUUUGCGGAGCUGGACAAACCUAAACGUAAACUAUCGAAGAUAGACUUAACAUCGAUGCAGGUAAGCUUGUUUUGGCUAUAUUUUAAACUAGGAAUUAUUUUGGAUGAAUAAUAAAACAAUUAUUGAAUUUGGCUUUCGUAUCAUAUGAAGAAUUAUGGAGAUCUCGGAGGGUGUUAUCCGCCUCGGCCUACGGCCUCGACGGAUAACAACCUCCUCGAUCUCCAUAAUUCUUCAUAAGAUAAUCAGCCUCGUUCACUAAUUGUUGAUUAAAAUAUGACUAUCCAGCGCAAACAAAGGAGAACACCUUCUUGUCCGUUCAGUUCCAGCCUGGAGUUUCGUCUCUCUUCGAGUGUUUGCAGUUCUUUUGUGUGAAUUAUCCACUGUGUUAGUUUUCGUCAUAUUACAAAAGGCACGCCGUUUUUAAAGGGCGCAAAUCGUAAGUCUUACUAAGGGACCCCUUUGAUUAAGCGCCUUCCUUUGAAUAUGCACCCCCUCUUUCGGAAGAACUUUAGAUAGGCUGUCGCGCACUUAUUUCAUCAAAUGUAAAUGAAGAAACUUUGUAAAUAUCUUAUUAUCCCCUCCCCAAGGGGCUUUUCAGGGAUAAUUUACAACACUGGUUGGGGGACUUUGCCAGACUGCUUAAGGUGCAGUUUAGAAGUACUGAAGGAAUGAGUGAUGAUGCCCCCAAACAUGAGUGUGAAAGUGAGAUAGACCACUACACCGGGCACUACGUGCCCUACUCUUUACGAAGAGUGUGUGGGUUCUUUAACGUCCCACAGAUUUAUUACAUGUGCAAGGGCUUGUGAGACGGGGCCUACGGUUAUUGUUAUUACAAAGGCAGCACUUUCUCCUCAGUUAUUUAAAGACCCUUAGUGUUGGUCCGGCCGGGGUUUGAACCUACGGCCUCCCGCUCAGCAGACCGGCGCUCUCCCAAUUGAGCUAACCGGGCGGCGCUAAUUCAAGAGCCUUGUGAUUCGAUUGGUCUUACAGUGCACCUCCAGGUUAUGUAGCUAGUGUAUCCAACCUAACAUUACAGUUUUAUUCCUUAAAUUGCAGACUUUUAAUCUACAGAAAACUCUGGGAUUCUUUAGACAAAGUAGAAACAAAGAGAUAACUGAAGGCGGAAUUCUUAAAAGUGCUAUAACCAAUAACACACCAAGCGUAUCUGAGUUGGCACGGUACUCGACCCCAGCCCCCGGCUUUCACAUUUUGGAAAGCCACGCGUCGUACUAUGUUCACUUGCUAUUUGGUUUAAAAGAUCGUAACAUCGGAACUAUAUUUUCGUACUUGGCCGUGUACACAUAUAGAGGUUUUCUGGAACUAGAGAAAAACUGGCAACGUCUGGUGAAGGAUAUUGAAGAAGGAAGUUUGGACUCCGAUCUAGAAUUGGAUACUAAGAUAAGAAGGUAAAAAUUAUGUUGAAAGUAAUCACGUUUGAGCCCUAAGCUUGCUAAGUUUAUUAGAGUUUCAGGCAAUUCCAUACCUUCAGAUGAGGGGGAGCCCGGUCAUCCAGACCCUGAGAUAAGUGGGAGGCCAGUCUCAAAAAAUUUUUUUUCGCCCCUUCGGGCUUCAGUUUGGUCUAAAAAAUAAGAGGAGGCCCGGGCCUUCUGGUCCCCUCCCCUGGAUCUGCCACUGAUUUAUUGAUUUGGGAUUGGAUCGAGUGACGACGGCGUAAGGACGACAAGUCUCUGUGUCGAAGAAAUGGGAUCCUUUAGUCCUUCUCCUUAACAUUAGUUGUUACCAUCGGACCUGCUUGCUUUUGAGAGGGCAUCGUUUUUCAAACAUAAUUUAGCGCUGUAUUUGUUUCCUUGUUGUACUGCUUGCCACCGAAAACACCGAAAGAGGAAUAAAAAUGCCUGCGUUUGUAAACAGAGACGCAUUAUGGUGCACCGAGCGGCGACCAAUUUGCCUCUUUAAUCACCGCGUGAAAAAAGGAGGAUCAACACGUGAUGGGGGAACUUUAAUUAUUGUUUUACUUUGGUGUUGUUUCAGUGAGCUGGAUAGGUAUCUUAAACCUGACAAGAAGCGAGCUGAAGAAUUACGAAAAGAAUUCCAGGCAGGAUUUGAUGGAAUAGCAUCAAGAAUCUGGCCAAACUUAAGGAUUAUAAGGGGUAGGACUACAGGUAUAGUAGCAAAGUGUGAUGUUUUUGUCUUCAUCAAAUAAAAAAAAAAUAAAAAGUGGACACCAGGAUGCUACGAAUCAUUAUUCGCUCGCCACAAGCAAAGAACGCACCCAAAGGCACUGUCAUUGCUCAGUUUUCACUUGCUUUAUUUCCAGAUCCUCGUUGCAAACCCGACUUUUAAAAAAUGAUGCGAUUUUAAGGAAAUUUGUUUUUGCCAAUGUUUUUUUCCUCCCUCGUUAUUUAGGGCGACAAGAGUUGUAUGCAAAGAGACUGCGAGAAAAAUACACAGGUGAUGUGCCUAUGUACUCUUCUUUAUACAUAAGCUCUGAAUCGAUCAUUGGUGUCAAUUUAUGGCCAAAAGAUGAGCCGAUGUAUCUACCUGUGCUGUCAGCCGCCUUUUUUGAAUUUGUACCUGUUGAAAAUUGCCAUGAAGAACAAGCCAAGGUAACUUUUCGUUGGACAUUAUGUCCAGAUUGAUUAGUCGCGGGGUUUUUCUUACACCCUCUCUUGUGGACGAGUCACGCAAGCCAUGUCAUGAUUGUACAGGCAUAUGUAAAAAAGAAACAAAAAAUGCUUUUCAUUUCUCGUCCUUUUCAGCGCCGCUUACUUUAUAUACUUUUUCAGUCUCAUCAUGAGAAGGAUAGCAUCGCAGUGGCGGCAUUUUUUCUCCUAUUUUUAACUCUUCAUGACCACAGUCAAUCAUGAAAAUAAGGGGAGGUGGUUAUCCAGACCCUGAGAAAAAGAAAGGCAGUCUCAAAAAAAAUUUUUUCGGCCCUUCGGGCCUCGGUUUGGUCUAAAAGCUUUUCUGCGUUGUUCCCGCAAGUUGUGUACUUCACUUUCACAAUGAAAAGCCACAGAACUGGAACUUGGCCAAUACAAGCCAACCUUGCACUCGAGUCAAUGGAAAUUUUUUCAAUAUAGUAUAUGUGUAUAUAUAUUUGUGUGAAUUUGCUAAAAGGUGCCUUCUAAGUGUCAAGCCAGGGUAGCGGGCAAAAAUAGAGGGGGCUGCCGCGAAGCCCAAUACCGGCAGAUAGCCCAGGGACAGACCUAACAGUUGGUGGGUGGAUGGGAGCUCUGGACCAAAGUAGGGGGAGACUUUCGACACUUUGACAAGUUAGAGAGCAGCAGUGCAAAGUCAAGGAAUUUUGCCUACGGGCUACCCCAGCCAAAUCAUUGCUCUAUGGUGUCAAUUGUACAGCACGGGGGGGAGGAGUGAUUGACUAAUGAUGAGUGGUCAGCACUAUUGAACAAAUAUGUAUGUCAAGUCAAUGAAGGUUGUAGGUUGUAGGUUGUAGUGGGAGGUUGAGUUCUUGAUUCUUGGACUUUGCUCUCUAUAAUCCGAUUUUUCCAAAUCCACUCAGAUAUAUCUAACCGAAUAUAUGGAAACCGCACCAGCUAGCAGCUCUAGGCCACAUAUCUUAACUUGACUUAAAUAGAGUAAAUAUUUGUAAAGAAAAUCAGCUCUCACCCACAAGCCUUCUAAGGUGAGUCUAUUCUUGGUUUCUGGCCUGAUUAGCAAAGAAAUAUUCAAGUCUAUCAAAACUUGGCCAACUCUAGCUGCUUUAAGGCUCUACAUGACAGAGGCAGCUUGAGACCUUAGCUAGCCCUAAGAAGAGAAUUCAAGACCACAUCGCCUUGACACGGCCUCGUAGCCCAGCAAAUGGGUGAGGAGAAUCCUUUUAUUGGCCAAUUGGCAUGGCACAUUUAAAGAAUUUGGCAUGACAAACUUAAAGCAGACACAUGAUCAGUGAACGGAUUAUCCAGAGACUAACUGAUCAUAUCACGCUUUUGCCGCACCCUCUCCCGCUAAGGAUUGACAUGUUCUAACAUUUGCGUCAUUUUAAAUUGGACUCGUUGAAAUGCUUCUAGUAACCACUAACUUACCGCCCGGCGUCAGAUAAAGGCUUUUAAUCGGCCUUUAAAUGAUGUUUUAUUGUUUUAAAUUGCCAAGUAGUAGAAUGAGUUGAUUUUUUUGCUAACCCAGUUUUCAAAAAUCCAGGUAUAUAUAUCCGCCUAUAAAUGGCUGUACCGGACUCGCUAGUAGUCUAAAAUGUAUACCUUGCCGUUGUUGAAGGUUUUCCAGAUGCCUUUAAUAAAGGAUUUUCCUCCUUUUUUUUCCUUCAUAGACUUGUUUAGCCGAAGACCUUGAAGUAAACUCUCUCUACGAGCUGGUUAUAACUACGCCAGGUGGUCUUUACCGAUACAGAAUGGGAGAUGUGGUGAGAGUCGCCCGCUUCCACUACAAAUCUCCUGUCUUGGAAUUCCAGUACCGUAGAGGCACGGUUCUUCCUUGUCAUAUGACUGAGAAAAUGGUCUACGACGCAUUGUGUGAAUCUGUUGAAAGUUUCAAAGAAAUAAAACUGGUUGACUACACAUGCGCAGGAAGUCUGCUAUUUGAUGGCAUCUCCUCAGAGACUGGAACCAAGAAAGGACCAGAGCAGGCUCCUUUCCAUAUCGUGUUUGUAGAGCUGAGCGGUUUCUUGACAAAAGAAGAAACGUGUUUACUCCAAGAAAAGGUAUAG